AUGCCAGAGCUGGGGGACCCCGGCAGCCUGGAGGGGGGAGCACGGAGAGGGAGGAGCCCCGAGACCCCCGGGAGCCUGAAACGGGGGGCGUGGAGAAGGGGAAGCCUGGACAGUGGGGACCCCUGGGAUCCCCCGGACGAUGAAGUGGGAAACCUGGAGAGAGGGAAUAUCCGGGAAUGUGGCACCCUGAAGGCGAGACCUCCCAGCAGGGAGAAGCCCUUCAAGUGCUUGGGAUGUGAGAAGAGCUUCAAGAAGAGCUCCAGCUUCCUCACCCACCAGCACAUCCACUCUGAGGAACGGCCCUACAGGUGUGGGAAGUGUGGGAAGAGCUUUGCCCAGAGUGGACACUUGUCCAAACACCAGCGGACCCACCCACAGUCAUCCUCCAACGUGGAGAGGGAGAUGAGCAAAAGCAAGUGGAGCAUCGCCAACGAGCUCCGGCUUGAAGGGACAUUCUGUGAUGUGGUUUUAAGAGUUCAUGGAGUUGAAUUCAAGGCUCACAAGCUCAUCCUCUGUUGUUGCAGUACCUACUUCAGGACUCUGUUUACCAGCACAGACAAGAUGGUCUAUCAAAUCCCUGGUGUUUCAGCUGAAAUGAUGGGUCUCAUCAUCGAUUUCGCCUACACUGGGACAGUACCGAUCACAGAGGACAACGUUGAGAGUUUGCUGGCUGCAGCCGACCAGUUCAAUGUCAUGGGCAUUGUCAACCUGUGCUGCGAGUUCCUCCAUUCCAGGCUCUGCUUUGAGAACUGCAUUGGCAUCUGGAGAUUAACUAGCUAUUACUACUGCCCUGACCUGCGCGCAGCCGCCUGCGCGUACAUCCUGCAUCACUUCGAGGAGGUGUCCCAGGUGUCCGAGGAGUUCCUAGACCUCUCUGCUGAGGAGCUGGCACACAUCAUCGAGAAGGACGAGCUCAACGUGAGGCGAGAAGAAGCCAUGCUCGAGGCUGUGCUGAGGUGGAUCACUCACGACCCGCAGAACAGGAGGCAGUACAUCGCCUGCUUGCUGGACAAGGUUCGACUGGCACUCCUACAGUCGAACAACGUCGAAGCUCACGAGUACGUGAAGGACAGUGCUGAGGGCAAAGAUCUCAUCAUCAGGGCCCUGUCAGAAAUCUAUGACUUUUUUAUAGAUUAUUAAAGAAUAAAUUUGCAGAUCGAAGUAAGAGACAACUCAAUAAUGUUAUAAUGUUAUAUUUAGCGUUUUGUUAAAAGCACAAGUUUGAGAGUUGUGUAAUAACUAACCACAAGAUCUGUUGAGUUGCUGACUAACAAACCACA